AUGAAAGGGUACGAGGAGGUGAUCUUCACCGACCAACUGUUGCAUCACCGCUGUGUGGGACAACAAAUUCAGGCAACCCGAGAAGCCUGGGAGAAAAAAUGUGCCUGGUUUCCAGUUGCUCAAAGGAGAUUGUAUGCCCGGUAUCCGGAGAUCUAUGACGAGUGUCUGGAGAAGUACGGCGACGAUCCCUUUGAGUACUAUGCAAACAGGAUUCGGAUGAGGAACCAUCUCAGGGUCAAAACCAAGUCGUAUAUGCAGCGACAGCGGAAGGAAGCGGAAAUAUCGAUGGGCCACAUAAAGGACUACAGAGUUUCCCCCACGACAAACGGGGAGUACGGCAGUGUCCAGCCAAUGAAGCUGUUCUACUGCUUGUAGACCUUUAUGUGACCUAUCGGUAGCUUUGAAUCCUUCGAGUCAGCUGUCUAGUUAGGAAUAAAUCCAGGUGUUCCUGGGGUAUUCAAUAUCUUUGCGUGUUUUAUAUUCAUUUCUGAGGAAAGUUUAGAGUCAAAAUGUUUAGUACGAUUCUCGGCAUUACAGUAAAUGCUACUAAAACCUUACAAACCUUUCGGGUUGAAUCACCUCGACUCGAUGCUUUAAAAUACGCUACUUGCAUGAUACUAAUCCUUUGGCUUAUGCUAAUUUUCUCAAAAUGAGUCAGCCCCUGUGAGGUGUAACACCCCUUAUCCGAUCCAUUGAGCUGUUUAUGGCAAACCGAAAAAAGGAGGAAAAGGUGAAAAUUGUAAGAGACAUGCCAUAGAAAAAAUGCGCAACAAACCGCAGUCGAAUGCAUUCAGGUCCAAACAAAGUUGGCAACAAACAAACAAAAGGCCGAAAGCAGUUCAUGACUCAUGCGAGUGGGUGGGAGGGGCGGUUGCCUUGCAUGUCUCUCGGGUUCACCUGGGCGUGAGAAAUGCAAUCCAUUGGGUCCGACUCAUUUGCAUACAAAGCCAAUCGAUUGUGGGCCAACGCCGAGAGCCGGACAAAUGGGCAACACAUGGGCUCCAGGUCUUGGCCGAAUGUAUCUCGGACAUGCCUCUGAUAGCCGCUUGGCAUUGAUCGACUGCCGGGAGGAGAGCUUGACCCCCAAACUUAGCCAAACUGAAUGUUUUUUGUACAUAGCCAGCGGUGUUUGAACUCACAUUUACCUAGGAUCUAAGCAGGAAGCCCCACGGCAUCUCUCUAGCCGUAAUCUCCAUUCGAGUCUAAGCAAAUCUUGUGCGUGUUGUAAAUUAAAGUAUGUCCCUAAACGAAAAGUUAAACUUAGAGGUUCAACAAGAGCCAACAAGUGGCGGAAAUGGGUGGAGCCAUUGUAGGCCAAUAGUUAAUUCAAGAAACUAAACCUUCCUUCAUAAUUCUUCAUCGAGAAACUGUUAUCCAUUCAUUCUACAUUUAUUUCUUUUUUUUACUAAUCGAAUGUUUUACAAGAAAUAUCGAAAAUCAAUUAGUUUGUACAACUGAACAUGAAAAUGAUAAAUAAACUAAGUGGAAAAUAAACUAAA